AUGCAGUUCAAGCAGUUCGUCAUUCUCGCCGCUACCCUCACGCCGAUGGCAGCCCUGCUCGCGACCGCGGCACCUGUUAACGCUCGUGCAGUCGGACGCGAUGCGACCCCGCAGUUCAGCUACGGGUACGACCCGGAGAGUGGGAGCAGCAUCGAGCGUCGCCAGAGCCCGACGUUCACUUACGGCUAUGACCCCGAGAGCGGCGCCGACACCGUAGAGCGCCGUCAGUUCACUUAUGGCUACGUCCCGGAGGCGGGAAGCACUGUCGAGCGUCGUCAGGCCCCGACGUUCAGCUACGGGUACAAUCCGGAGAGCGGCAGCACGGUGGAGCGUCGCCAAUUCACCUACGGCUAUGACCCGGAGAGCGGUACCACUGUGGAACGCCGCCAGUUCACCUAUGGCUACGGACCGGAGACUGAUGGCGACAAUGCGGCUUCGGCUCCUCAGGCUGGUAUGGCUUCCGAUGAAUUCCUCGAGAUGAUACUCUCUGACGUGUCAUCUGCAGGAACCUCCACUGACGAGAGCACCCCCGCGGCUGCCCAGAGCGCUGCCUGAUUGCCAAUAUGAUAGCACCAGUGGGGAGAGGGCGGAAGGCUUGCUGUCUCGUUCAGGACGGCUGCUCCGGUGACGCCUGGGUCCUUGUCAAUUUAACCAUAUGUUUGGCUCUCCUACCGUCUUUGUAUCAUUGGCAACUAUGCGCGCG